CACAACAACUCCUGAGUCAACUACAACUUCCACGUUACACAUGACAACUCCUGAGUCAACUACAACUUCCACACUACACACGACAACUCCAGAGCCAACUUCAACUUCCACAUUACACACGACAACUACUGAGUCAACUACAACUUCCACAUUACACACAACAACUCCUGAGGCAACUACAACUUCUACAUUACACACGAGAACUCCUGAGUCAACUACCUCUUCCACAAUACACACGAGAACUCCUGAGCUAACUACUAAUUUUAAAUCAUAUAAGACAACUCAAGGAUAUAUUGAUCCCUCCAAAGCAUCUGAAGCAUUGGACAAUCUGGAGUCUACGAUGAAAGAGAUGGAAGAAAAAAAAAACCCCAAUGAGACAGUUGUCAUAGGGCAUGCUUCUGGUCUUCUUUACGUACAAGCCAAGAACACAGAAACCAAAGACAUAUACAUAUGCUACUCUUCAAAUCAAGCCACGAUUGUUGAGAGUCAAACUGACCUAAAAGCAAACUGUUCCUGGUCUGUAAAGAUUUCCAAGGAGGCUUUUGAUAAAUCACGUCUUGAAAACAAUGGAAGUGCAUUUGUUGGACUUCUACGGUUCCAGAACAUAGAAAACAAGGACAAAACCAAAAAUCAGAUAAUUUUAAACAAUGAGGUUUAUGGAAUAACAAUGAGGGCCAAUAUCGCCAACCUUACUAACAGUAUUGAUAUGCUCUUUACAAAUAAUGAUACGGAGAGUAAGGCGUCCUGCAGUUCUUGGGAUGGCACAGGAGAACUUGUUUGGACAACUUUCGGCUGCAAGACAAAAAUCAGCAACAACAGCAUAAAGUGCUCCUGCUCACAUCUGACGUUCUUUUCAGUGAUGAUGUUUCCUCCAGAUGUAAAUGUCACAGCGCCGCAUCCGGAGGCAUCACUGACUUAUGUCACUCAUAUCGGCUGCGGCAUCUCUAUAUUUUUUCUGACCAUCGCUUUAUUCAUGCAUUUCCUGCUACGGAAAGCCAUAUCAAAUCAGGCCACGAAGAUCUUGAUGAACAUGUUUGUGGCUUUGUGUCUACUGAACGUUUUGUUUUUGUCAAACGAGAGCGUCGCUAACACAAAACACAACGGUGCGUGCAUCUUCAUAGCACUGGUGCUGCAUUACUCCAUGCUGGCCUCAUUCACCUGGUUCUUCAUUCAAGCUCUUCAUAUGUACUUAUGGCUCAUCAGACAGAACGUCACCAUCACAAACUACAUGUGGAAGAUCACCGUGUUGGGCUGGGUGUGUCCCACUCCAAUGGUCGUAGUUAUUGUUUCGACAGGAGGAUAUGGAGUAGUGACCCUAAACGUGUCCUCUGGAACAAUCACACAAAUGUGUUGGAUUACAGAUUUUUACAUUCACUACAUAGUGAACAUCGGCUACUACAUUUUGGUUUUCAUCCUUGUUGCGAUCAUCACUGUUGUUCAUGCCAGAAACAUUAUAGCUAUUGACGGCCAGAGACAGACAUUCAGAAAGCAGCUGAUGAUGGUGUUGAGUUUGUUUCUGCUCUUUGGUGUGACGUGGUUUGUGGCGUUCAUCAGUUAUGGACCGAUGAUCAUUCCCUCAUAUUACAUAUUCACUGUGUUCAACUCAUUUAGCGGGUUUUUCCUCUUCCUGUAUUACUACUACAUUCGCAAUGAUGUUGCGGGUCAUUUCUCUGAUGAUGCAGAAAGCAUUGACUCCAACUGAAGCAUUGAUCAAUUCAUGCUGUGGAAAAUAUUUCUAACUUGAAUAAUUAAGACAUUGUUUAAGGAGACACUGUGUAUUCUCACCAAAAUCAACCUUAAAACUAUACAAAGACAAAUGUUACUACUGAAAGACAAAGAACUGUUUAAAACGAUGCCUGCACAUAAAAUUAUGACUCUAGUAAGGGUCAACUUUUGUAAAUGAACUCCAAACAAAUGACAAAUAUCUGUGUUGAUCAUUACUGUAACUGUCUAUUAUUGUAGAAGGAUUACAUUUUGCUUUCAAAUUUCUGAUAUGAUCUGAUAUUACUGUUGUUUAUUUAUUUAUUAAGAGUUAUAAUCAUCCACUUGUGAUCGUGUCAGAGCAACAGAACAACAGGAUGACAGUAAUGUUGACACGCCUUUGACACGCCAGAAAUUUGCAUGGUCAUUUUCAUAAAGCAGCUUACACAAAUGUAAAACAUAUUUGGUGACGGGAAACACAACAGACAAACCAAAAAACUCAAAAUCAGCUGAUGAUUUCUGCAUUAUUUAAUUAUUUAUAUCUAUAGACAAAUCUCAAUAAUUUCUCAUGUGAUUCUAAUGAAGCUAAUAAAACAUCAUUUUUCAAGAUUUUUAAGACUUUAAGU